UUUGGUUUCCCACAGUAACAAUACACAGAAGGCCAAUGGUCAGAAAGCAAAUACCAAUACCAUAUCCUCUCUGUUCACCAACUCUCAGCAUAGGAAGCUAGCUUUGUGCUAGGAAGAAGCACAACCACCUCUUUGUAGCUGUGCUGUGGGGCUCUCAGGAGGACUGGAAGAGCAGAGACUGCCUGCUGAAGAUCGCUGGCAGGGGAUGAUGGGGAGCUCACAGCAAGCUGGAUGGUACAAGAAACCCACAUCACCCACAAAUGCAAGAGCUACUUUGGAAGUUGUCAGGAAGACCAUGGACUCCAUUGUUCUGCUCACCGUUGCUGCACUCACAGGAACUACAGGUACUUCUGAUGUGUCAGCAAUGGUAGGCAACAGCUCUGUGCUCACCUGCUCUCCCAAAUCAAAUAUAACCAUGGUAACAUGGAAGAUAAGCCCCAAGGUUGGAGGCCCCUGCACCUUGAGCUACAGGGCUGAUCAGAACAAGACAAACAGAACAAACUGCAGUGACAGCGUGGACUGGAAGUUCAGACCAGAUCGGGAUCCCUCCCUUGAGAUACGGCAAGUGGAAAUAGCCCAUGAAGGAAAUUACACCUGUGAAGUAGUAGCAACAGAAGGGAAUUUCCACAAGAUGUACCAAUUGACCGUGCUGGUGCCCCCCAGGCUGACCCUGUACUGCGAUGACAACGGGAUCCCCGUGUGCAAGGCAGCGGUGGGGAAGCCGGCUGCUCAGAUCUUGUGGGUCCUAGAGGGCAUCUCCACCCCCAAGGAGGAAGGCCAUGACAACGGGACAGUGACUGUUCUCAGCAAUUUCACAGCAUAUAGCACCAACACGACUAAUACAACCUGCAUUGUGUCCCACCCAGCUGGGAACCAGAGCAGCUCCAUAGCCUGUCAUCCCCCAAGAGAAGAAGAAAUCAGUACAAGCCAGGCCAUCUUCCAUCUGCAGAGCUGUCUGGGCCUGUUUCUAACUCAGCACCUGAGCAGAGAUGAAAGAAACUCCCAGUGUGCCUCAGUCAGCAAUGUGACAUGCAGCAGGGACUCACGAGUACCAAAGUGUUCAGGAGAAAGAAGCAAACAUAUCCAGUGCAGCCAGUGUAACUGUGCAGAAAUAAUUAUAGAUGCUGUUAUCAUUCAUGCAAGUAUCAAACUUUUUUAA